AUGAAGGCCUCUCCUGCUGCUCUGGCUCUUUUUGCUGCUACUGUCUCUGCUGCAUGGACCCCAUCACAUCAGCACAAGUCUGCAAAGCGUGCAGAUUCCUGCGGGCAGUACGAUACGAUCAAUGUCGGUAACUUCAAGCUCUACAACAAUAUGUGGGGUAAGGACAGUGGCUCUGGUAGCCAGUGCGUUGGACUUGACUCCUCAGGCAAGGACAACUCCAGCGGCAUCGCCUGGCAUUCUACCUGGAGCUGGUCCGGCGGUCAGGGCAAAGUCAAAAGUUACCCCAACGUCGAGGCCCGGCCUGAAAACAAGAAGGUUUCUGACCUGCCCAACAUCCAAUCUACCUGGAAGUGGAGCUACAAGGGAGACAACAUCGUCGGUGACGUGGCUUACGACAUCUUCACAUCCUCCACUGCUGGCGGCAAAGCUGAGUACGAAAUCAUGAUCUGGACUGCUGCCCUUGGUGGUGCCGGUCCCAUCUCUGCCACUGGCUCCCCGAUCGAUAACCCCACUGUUGGCGGUAAAACCUGGAAGCUCUACAAGGGAACAAACGCCGCGACCACUGUUUUCAGCUUCGUUGCUCCCACGGAGAUCCAAGACUACUCCGGUAAUCUGGCUGAGUUCUUCACCUACCUCACUGAGAAGCAGAACUUCCCUGCCUCCCAGUACUACCUGAGCAUUGGUGCCGGCACUGAACCCUUCACUGGACAAAACGCUGUCUUCACCACUUCAUCUUAUACUGUCACCUUCUAA